AUGUCACUUGGGGAGACCAGCGACGCGAUCGCCGCGUUGGCGGAGGGUUGCAGCUUGGAGCAGCUGGCGGACCUUGCGCUGCAGUGCGAGUCCCACCUAGCAAGCGUUGAGACGAUCAUUGAUGCCGUGGAGAACGCGGUUCGUACGGCGCAGGGAUCGCAACGGCUUGUGCUGUGGUAUUUCAUUGAUCGACUGGCGAAGCAACACGCAAUCUUCCUCGAUGCACUUCGCCCGCGGUUGCGAGGUCUCGCCACAACCGUGGCCCCAGCGGCUGGAACUCCUGAGUGGAACGACUUCAAGAAUCUUCUCAAGUCAUCGAUUGCGGUGGUGUUCGGCGCUCCACUCGUGUCACUCAUCCUGCUGGAGAUCGACCCCGACACGCAGAAAGAAACGGCCCGCACUGCCACCGCCGCGGAGCGGAGCCAAGGCGCCUUAACACUUCACAGCAACGCUCUAAGAACGGCUGGCGCGUUCUCCACAAAGGCUAUCAAGACGGAGCGUCCAGCGGGGGCAAAGCACACGCUGCAGGUGAAGACCAUGGACAGCCAGAUGGCAAUGAACAUGGCAAGCAGCUACGCACCAGCACGACCACAGGAGGUUGCGGUGCCAGAGAUACAGCCGGAUGCCGACGCGCCACACGGGUACGUGAAGGCAUUACCCGCUGAUUACAUGAAGAACUACGAAAAUACACGACGCAAGAGGCUCCGCGAGGUGAUGGAGCGAAACAGGGAGGAGAUGGACCGCCGACAGGAGGAUGAGUUCCUGAAGCGUGUACGUGGAACCACGAGUCAUAAGGGGCAAGUGCCAGAUUUUUCCGAUGUGGUGAUGCCAUUGGAACUACCGCGCGACGAGUACGGUGUGAAACGAGGCUUCUUCCCACUUGGUGUGCGGUUCAUCCGCGAGGCAAUCCGGGGCUGUGGUGGUGCGGUGGAGCUGGAUGUUCUGGUUAAUCGUCUCUCCACGCUGGCGAGCAAAGAGGCUGUGGCGGAGUUUGGGGAUGUGCGUGAGUUCCUCCUUAUCCACCGCCCCACCUUUCGCAUCACCAACGAAAAAGACCGCUGGAUUGUGCGGCUUGCUGGCGACAACGGAUCCGACCCGACUUGGGAGUCAAUGCAAUGCCCGUUUUGCUCUAAAGUGGUGCGUGGGCGGAACCUUGCACGUCACAUGGGCUGUAGGCUCUGUGUUACGACGCAGAUCGCUCUCGGGCUUCAUGGAGAAAUACACGGACCCAUCUCUGAGCUUGCCUUUGUUGCCAAGUUUAUCAUUGAUCAUGCAGACGCGUACGAUGACUGGGACUUGGAAUGCUUUGCGGACUGCGUGCAGCGGGCUGCAGACUGCAGGCGCUUCAAAUUGUCCUCGCAGGCAAAGUUUGCCCCAAUCUUGAAGGCAAUGCGUGUCGUGCGCAACCGCUGGUUGGCGCGCAAAGGUGUGUCGGAGGUGGCUGACGCCGUCAUCGAUCCUGGCGAUGCGGCCGUGGCGAAUCUCUUUCGCACCAUUGGGCGGAACGUGAAUCGCCUGCCAAUUCCGUGGAUUGACAUGGGGGAUGUGAUUGAUAUGUGCCGCCGCUUCUCUGACAGUGUGCUGCCGCCUUUUAACCCACCACCCCGGCCCGCCGACCCUCGCACCAGCCUACAUAACGAGUACCCGGGCUUUCUUCUUUGCGAGAGCGAGGUGGAUGAUGAGGAUGAGCCUAGCGACAAUGAGGACGCGUUCUCUGACGACGAAGCGCCAACCUUUGUAUUUGCGCCGCCUGUUGAACUAGCUGAAACACUCUUUACGGCCGGAUUUGAACGGGAUACCAAACGACUGCAACAUCGCAUGAGGACUGCGCCACCGUUGGUGCUCCAGCGAGUACUGAAAGGUGAUCGUUCACAAACACAACGUGAAAUGUACGCCGAAGCAAGAAACGGGAGUAACUCGGCUCUGCCAUCUUGA